CACAGCUGCGGCUCCAGCCAGGAGGGACAGGCCAUGGCGUGGGGAUCGGCGGGGAGCCUGUGGUAUCCGCCCGUAUUCGCGAUGAGUUUACCUCUCAAUCCCAAACCUUUCCUCAAUGGACUAACAGGAAAGCCAGUGAUGGUGAAACUUAAGUGGGGGAUGGAAUACAAAGGCUACUUGGUAUCUGUAGAUGGCUAUAUGAAUAUGCAGCUGGCAAAUACAGCAGAAUACAUAGAUGGGGCAUUGUCUGGACAGCUGGGUGAAAUUUUAAUAAGAUCUAACAGUGUCCUUUAUAUCAGAGCUGUUGAAGAAGAAGAUGGGGAAAGGAGAGAAUAG